UGUAUACGUGCUGUGUAUUAGUCUAAGAUGCAGAAUUAAAGAAAUAUUACAAUGGCCACAUAUUUCGGGGAAGUUGUAGAGCAGUCUUCGCGAGCUUUCUGGGGAGACCAAUGUGAUAGUGAAGAUGACGUACAUUCAGAUUCUCCUACAAACUGGAGAAAACUUGAAGUGUCACCUUCACCCACUCAACUUAUGUCAUCUAGGAUCAAAUUAUUUUUGGUUGUUCAUGGACCAUUAACGGAAGGUUUUGUUGAAGCUUGUUUUCUUGAUAAGGGAGUACCUAUAGCUGAAAUUAAUGAAGCUGAAACAGAAGGAGAAGAAUCAUUCAGAAGAAGAAAACGAAAGUCAUCAGCUAUAUAUAGCUUGCUCAGCGAUGUUUUGCUAUGUAUCUGCAGUUCACAUUUAGACAUGGCUCAGUCAUUUGAUUUUACUGAAAAGAUAUCUCCUUGGAUGAAGAAUGCUGAGCAAGUGAUUAUAUUGACAUGUAGCUAUAUUUCUGGGUACCAUAUUACGAGACACCAGGAUGAUUCUCCAGAUACAUUCCUGAAAGCACUAAAAACUGACAACUUCAGUAGCCUGGUACUGAGUGAAACUCUGGAACAACCUAACACCGUGAAGGGAAUACCAGCUGGAGUACUGACGUGGUGUCAGAUAUUCGAGAUUCCGGCAGUUCUGUACAUUUGUUACACAAGGAGCUAUGAAGUUGAUUCAGCUUCAGUGAAACUCUUCCAGCAACUUUUUUCAAAGUUACCUUUCAA